UGAUGAUGUUGACCGACACAUCGGAUUUUCCUGCACUCGGUCGACUAAAUAAAUACCCACAAAAUCCUCUUCAAUCUCUCUCUCUCGACUCCGCUCCGAAUCACCGCCCUUUCAUAAAACAUUCAAAUCCAGCUAUGGCAGCAUGUGCUCGCCGGACGGCGAUCACCGCGGCUCCGGAGAUGGUGGUUCGUCACAUUCGACCGCUGCCUAUCAAAUCUUUGCAUGUCAAUCGUCCGGGGAAAGGCGGUGGGCGGGUGGUGCUGCGCUCGAGGCGGUUGGUGAUCGAGGCUGCGGCGGCGGUUCCCCGGGGAGAAGAGGAGAAGGAUGAGAUUAAGAAGAGCGGGGAAAAGCCUGCUCUGUUGUGUUCGUACGAUCGAGAGGCGGUGGCGGAUGGGAAUGGGGAAGAAGUUGGACGGAAGGUGGAAGUGCUGGUUGCGGCGGUGGCUACUGUCGUGCUUGGAGUGGGGAAUCGAGUGUUGUACAAGCUGGCAUUAAUACCUCUCAAACAGUACCCCUUCUUCCUCGCACAGCUCGCCACUUUCGGAUAUGUAAUUGUAUACUUCACCAUUUUGUAUCUUCGAUAUCAUGCCGGAAAGGUUACUAAUGAAAUGCUGUCAUUGCCAAAGUCACCAUUGGUUGCUAUUGGCUUGUUGGAGGCUCUAGCUGCUGCCUCCGGUAUGGCAGCAGGAGCUAUUCUUUCGGGGCCUGCAAUUCCCGUACUAUCUCAGAGCUUCUUAGUAUGGCAACUUGUCCUUUCCUCCAUCUUCCUCGGGAAAAAAUAUCAGCUCAACCAAUUAUUUGGUUGCUUUCUUGUGGCAGUUGGGGUUAUAAUAACUGUUGCAAGUGGAUCAGGUACCGGUUCUCUGUUGGAAGCUGGUAUAUUUUGGAGUAUUUUGAUGACUAUUUCUUUCCUUUUACAAGCUGCUGAUACAGUCUUGAAGGAGAUCAUAUUUGUGGAUGCUGCCAAAAGAUUACAGGGAGGUACACUUGACCUAUUCGUUGUAAACUCCUAUGGAUCUGCUUACCAGGCCAUUUUCAUAGGCCUCCUUCUCCCAUUUUUAUCAAACCUGUGGGGCAUUCCAUUCUGCCAACUUCUAAACUAUCUUAAAGAUGGUGCUGCCUGUUUUUUGAAUACCGGCACCAUGAUAAAAGGUUGUGACGGUGCACCUUUACUCCCCCUACUAUUUGUCCUUGUCAACAUGGGCUACAACAUAUCGUUGUUGCAUCUUCUGAAAGUCUCCUCCGCAGUGGUGUCUUGCCUGGCGUCAACACUUACAGUCCCUAUAUCUGUAUACUUGUUCACAUUGCCGCUGCCAUAUCUUGGGGUGUCGUCAUCGCUACCUCCAGGCUUCAUAGCUGGUGCUGCCAUCCUGGUUUUGGGUCUUCUUGUUUAUGUUGGGACACCAUUGCUGAAUUCUUCUUCUUCUUCUUCUUCUUCUUCUUCUUCUUCUUCAAGCAAACCCUCUAUGGUGAGUUGAUUAAAAAAACAAAAAAACAGCCAACACAACAAUGCGUUGUACUGGAUCCCCCAUUCGUACAUAUGCUGACACUGAUGGCCGAGAUCGCGGACAUGAAGAGUAAGUAAUAAAUAGGACCUCUUACUCGACUUGGACUUAUUCAACUAGCUGCGGUGGUGUGUGACCAAUUGUCUGUCGCUGAUACAGCGGGCGGUGGUAUAAGCUAAUAGUAAUAAUAGUAAUAAUAAUGGUAUGGGCAUGGGUGAAGGGUGAAGGGGGUGAUCAAAACAUGAGAAUAAUAUGCUAUCCUAUCCUAUCCUAUGAUGUAUUAGCAUAUGUAGGUUAUGAAAUAAAGACAAACAACAGCUGAUGGAGCGAGGGAGGGAGUUUUGAUGGAAUGGAAAAAGAUGAUUAUCAAUAGUGAAGAUAGAUAGAUGAUAUGAUUGAUGAUUGAUUUA